AGGAAGAGCUUGGGGCAAUUUUACAAUGGCCUGGACCCUUGUCCUGCUCUCCCUCCUCACUCUCCGCACAGGUUCUGUGGCCUCCUACGAGCUGACCCAGCCGUCCUCCGCGUCAGUGGCUUUGGGGGAGACGGUCACGAUCUCUUGCUCUGGAGAUUUAAUAGGGAAAAAGUAUGCAUCUUGGUUCCAGCAGAAGCCCGGCCAGGCCCCUGUGCUGGUCAUCUACAAGUUUAGCGAGCGGCCCUCGGGGAUCCCUGACCGAUUCUCUGGCUCCAACUCAGGGCAGACUGUCAGCCUGACCAUCAGCGGGGCCCGGGCUGAGGACGAGGCCGACUAUCACUGUCAGUCAUGGGACAGCAGUAAUAAUGCUCACAGUGCCACAGGCAGAUGGGGAAGCGAGACACAAACCGCCUUCCCCAUCUGUGUCACGCUCUCCUGCAGCCCCAGGCAGAAUGCAGCCAAAGCCAUGGGCAAGUCUGGUCCAGAUCCUCACAUCUCAGAAUCCAGGCAGCACGGCAGAGGGCGGGUCAGGAGGGGAUCCCGGGCUGGCAGGACCAGGCUCUCCCAGUGUUGCCUGGGCCUCAGUGUGAACUGGGGACCAAGGGCCUGGGCGGAAGGACAGGCAGAAGGAGACAUCCACCUGUGGUUAUUGUCUCUGCAUCCCCCUGUGGUGGUCACUGGGCCACUUCCUCACCUGCCUGAGCAGGACUGGACCCCAGAAUUUCCCAGCUCCACUGCAUUCCUGAAGCCCCAGGCUCAUAGAGCAGCUUAG